GCUCAGCCAAACGCGGAAUUAUCUCCCUAUAUAUCUCUAACCCUAAUAAUCAGAAUGAUUCCAACUGCACAUUCACAAUUUAAUUAGAUCAAAUCUACAUUGAUAUAUAAUAAAUAAUGAUGCAUAAAAUUGAGCAAUACAAGAAGGUGUUCUCCCACUUUGAUGAAAACGGAGAUGGGAAGAUAUCUCCACCGGAGCUCCGGCAAUGUUUGGCGUUGAUGGGCGGCGAGUUAUCGGAGGAGGAAGCGGAAUCGGCGGUGGAAUCUAUGGAUUCGGAUGGAGAUGGGUUAUUGGAGAUUGAUGAUUUUGUUAGGUUAAUGGAUGGGGCGGGUAAUGAAGAGAAGGCUAAGGAACUUAGAGAGGCGUUCAGGAUGUAUGAAAUGGAUGGGUCGGGUAAUAUUACGCCCAAGAGUUUGAAACGAAUGCUGAAGAAGCUUGGUGAAUCGAUGAGUACUGAUGAGUGUAAGAUGAUGAUCGCGACUUAUGAUAUAAACGGCGAUGGCGUUCUUAGUUUUGAGGAAUUCAAACUCAUGAUGGCCUGAGAUUAAUUAAGAACCAAUUCAAAUUAUUUCAUUUUUUACAAUGACACUGAUUCUAUUUGUUUGUUUAUGUAAAUGAUGAUAUCAUUCAUUUAACCAAUUGUUCUGUUUCUUCACUUAAUAAAGAUUUUUUUUAUUUUUU